ACAACUCUCUCUCUCUCUCUCUCUCCAAUAAGAAUAUUAUUAAUCCAUUGAUAAGAGUGGAGUUGCUCCACCCUUUUUAGGAAAAAAACCAAUCCCCUAACAUUUUCAGAUAACAAAACUGGUGAAUCUACCAGUAGAACCACAGACCAUCAGGGUUUCUAGUUUUGCUCAAACAAAGAAACUCCAACUUCAAAGAGGAGUACUACUGCUCUAGUCCUCUCACUCUCCCAUCAAUCUCUUCAUCCAUCCCCCCAACAUCCAUAAUAUCAUUCAUAUUUAUAUAUCUAUCUACCUAUAUAUACCAGCUCAAAACCUUAUUUGCUACUUCAUUCUCUUUCUAUGUGUCUCUCAUCUCAUGUGAUAGCUCCCAUCAACCAUAAAACACCUGAAGCCACUGGAAGUGUUAUAAUACGAAGCAUAGAUGCAUUGAUCUCUCUUUGAUCACUCGUCUUCUUCUUUUUCUUUUUUCUUCUUCUUCUGUUUUAAUCAUCCCAAGGAAGGAAAGGAAACCCUAGCUAGAGGAAGAAAGUAGGAGAAGAAGUAGAAAACAAAAAUCACAGUGUCACCACCACAAUCAGAAACAAAAAGAUUACAUAUCCCUUAAGUGUGAGAUCGAAGGUGAAAGAAGGAGAUCAAUCCAUGGAUUCAAUUCCAGAAAUGGACAGCUCCAACUCUGAGAAUACCAGCAUCAACACAAGCAGCAACAGCUCAGCUGCGACCUCCUCCUCUUCCGCUUCCACCACUCCCAGCCGCUACGAGAACCAGAAGCGCCGAGACUGGAACACCUUCGGCCAAUACUUGAAAAACCACAGGCCACCGCUGUCGCUGUCGCGCUGCAGCGGAGCUCAUGUCCUGGAAUUCCUCCGCUACCUGGACCAAUUCGGCAAGACCAAAGUCCACACCCCAAUUUGCCCUUUCUACGGCCACCCAAACCCUCCUGCGCCUUGCCCGUGCCCUCUCCGCCAGGCCUGGGGAAGCCUGGAUGCUCUCAUCGGACGCCUCCGCGCCGCCUUCGAAGAGAAUGGAGGGAAGCCUGAAGCAAACCCAUUUGGGGCAAGGGCUGUGAGGCUCUAUCUCCGAGAGGUUCGCGAUUUGCAGUCCAAAGCGAGGGGGAUCAGCUACGAGAAGAAGAAGCGGAAGCGCCUUCCGCAGCAGAUGCCACCACAGCUGCCUCCUCCAGGAGCCAGUUAAUGGUAGAAUUACUAAAGGACAAAGCAGUGCACCAGAUCUCCAAACAAGCCUCUUAGUGGCCUAAUCCAUAUGGAAACAAUGCUUAGAUCUGGGGCUACCUAGAUGAUGAAUCUGCUUUUGAUGCAAACAGUAAUGGUAUUAGUAGCAGUAGUCGAAUAGUAGUACUGAGAGUACUUGGAGUAGGAGUUAAUGUACUUGUCUUUUUAUGCUCUAUGUGGAACUGAGCAAUUCAAUUGCUCAUACAUGUGUACUUGAGAAUUCAUGUAUGCCAUGCAGUAGAUUUUGCAGAUCAUGUGUUCAAAUUCA